AUGGGUGCUGGUGGUCAGAUGUCUAACGACCCAUUUGAUGGUAAAAAGAUUCUGGAACGUGUCCCAGUUGAUCCGCCAUUUUCAUUAAGUGAUUUAAAGAAAGCGAUCCCUACCCAUUGCUUCAAGCGAUCCGUCAUCCGUUCAUCUUACUAUGUUGUUCACGAUCUGAUUGUUGCCUACGUUUUCUACUUCCUUGCGAAUACAUAUAUUCCUUUUCUUCCAGCUCCUUUGGCUUACUUAGCUUGGCCGGUCUAUUGGUUCUGUCAAGCAAGCGUCCUCACGGCCUUAUGGGUCAUCGGCCAUGAAUGCGGUCACCAUGCCUUUAGCGAAUACCAAUGGAUUGAUGACACUGUCGGCUUCAUCCUCCACUCAGCUCUCAUGACACCUUAUUUCUCAUGGAAAUAUAGCCAUUGA